AUGUCGAAGGCUUUCUCCUUCAGAUACGGGGCCUUUCGAAUCAGUCAUGAACUGGCAGAGAUAAGAGAACGAUCUCUGAAGACUAUUCUGUUUAAAUUAGAUCAUAACCUGAUUUCAUAUGCUGAUCUGGUCCAUGAAAAAGUGCUUUUCCGUAAUCUUUUGGAGUGGUUCAAUUUCCCAGACGUACCAAUGAAAGAGGAAGUGCUAAAUUUUGUGAACAGUUUGAUCAAGCAUCCACCUGCUGCCCAGAAAAUGAUUGGAAUUGGUGCAGUGGAAUUCUUCUCUCAACUUCGCCCCAAUGUGAAUCCAAACUUACAGGCUGUCGUUGAUGGGAUUAUGGAUGGGCUGUUCUUCCUUCCUUCUGGACUUCCUUCUAGUUCUUCAUCAGUCUGUUAUCAAAUGCAGUCUCAGCCCUCAGUAGAUCAACCAGUUCUGCCUCAAGAGGAAUUAUUCAAUGGAUAUUUUUGUCGAGGUAGAAGUCCUCUGCCACAGUUAGAAACACCUCCCAAAAGAACAGUUGUGAAAUGCUUGAAAUUUUCCAUAUUUCCUUGGCUAACUCUGACUUCAACAGAUAGACAUGUUCUUUCAUCGAAUGAAAGCUCUUUGAGGAGUAACAACCAAAGUUUAAUUUGGAGUACAUGCGAGCUUCUUCAGGAUGUGAUUAUGCAAGAUUUUUCUGAGAUCUUCCUUCAAAGGCCGAAGAUUGUACAGAGCCUCUUGUCUCUGCUAAACCUGGCUUUUGGAGGAGAUGGAAGACAUCGGUUAGCUUUGCAGGCUGUGUCAUGCUUGCAACAGUUGUGCGUCUUCUUGAGAAGCAGACUUAACUUUCACAGAGAUCCAAGUUUUUCUUCCACAGUGCAAGGCACAACUUCCCAGAAUUCAUCUAUAUCUUACUGUCAAGAAGCAAGAGGUCCUCCUCCUUCUCAGAAUCCAUCACCUGGAAGUAGUAGCCCUCGGCCAUCUGUGAUUGGACGGACCGUUCAGCGUCCUAGGGGAGAUGGUCAGGAUUGGGAUGCAGUGUCUUCCAGUGGAAACAGUACUCAAGCAAAUGCAAACUCCAGAAUCUCUCUGCAUUCCCCACUUGAUGUAGGACAUAUUGGUCUACCAGACAAUGAAAAUGAGGACACUUUGGAAUUACAGAUGAAGCAGCUUAGCCUUCCUCAGUUCUGUGUUUCCAUCUUGGAAAAUGCAAUACCUCUUCUAAGAACAGGCAGUAGGAGAGUGACGAUGGAUGUUCUUGAAUUGCUUGUUGAAGACAUGUUCCUUAUUGGUGAUGCUAUUUCUGAAAAUAUUUGGGAAGAUGAUAGCCUUUUUGCAUUGGAAUUGAAAGACAAAUUGCUUCUGGUCUUGGGUUUGCUUGGAGAAACUAUAUUAUAUCACAAAACCAAUAUAAGUGCAGAGCAGCCCGAGGUGAUGUUAGUGCAUCACAGAAUGGCAUUUAUUAGCAUUUCACUCUUCACUGUUAGAUUACUGCAAAUACUUCUCCCUGUAGAAAAGGCGAGUAAAGUUUUACAAAAGAGUUUGCUGAAUGCUUUAUUUCUUCUCUCUCUGGAUGUGUCCUUCUCCUUGGAAUACCCAAGCAUUCAUGAAUCCAUUGCAGCCUAUCUGGAGCAGAUGAGUACUGAGAACUACAGUAUUUAUAAACAAGCUUCAGAAGCUGUGUAUUCGAUCGAAUGCACUUGUACCUUUAUGGUUGAAGUUCAUAAGAAGGGUGACAAGAGUCUUUCUGAAUUAGUAGAAUUGGCAGAUCAGGCCUUGAGUAGUCUACCUUACCAUCAACACUUCCCCUUGAUUCAGGAAUCCAUUCACAUAUGCUCAAAUAUUUGGAAGUCUACUGAGGUUAACUCAUUGCUCCAGGCUGAGGGUCAGAAGGUGCUUCUCCAUCUGUUGUCUCAUCCUUUGCUGAAAAUAAAAGCUGAAGCCUAUCAUUGCUGUUUGGAAGUGGUUAAGGACUGUUUAGGUAUUCAUAAUAUUGCUAAGCCUGUGUCUUCAGUCUGCCACGGAGUACAUUUUCUUCUUCAUCCAAAAGUUCUAUAUGAAAUCUGUACGUUCGGCCUUCAGGAAGAUAAGAGUGAGGUGAACUCUACAGCCAAGGCUAUUCUGAUGCAUCUGUUGCAGGGACGAUUAGUAAUGGCAGUAUUGACUUGGAACAAGUUUAUGGAAGCCCUCUAUCCCGUCAUUCCUGUUUUACAGGGUUAUGCUGACACAAAAGAUACGCUAGGUAACUGUAUCCUCACUUUGAGUGAAACAACCUCUGACAAAGGAGAGGGUAUUCUCCCUAGAACUACUAGACUACGGGCUGCUCUGCGUCUUCUUUUCUCAAAAAAACAGUUGGUUCGUUCUGUAGCACUUAAACAUUUAACAUUCCAUCUUUUGAAUGAAGAAGGGGCAAACCUGAAACGCCCGCAUCUGCAUGGUAGCGUGCUUUCUACCAUUUCAAACUUAUUUAUUGUAGAAAGAGCUAUUGAGCUGAAAUUGGAUGAUAAAACGGAGUCAAUAAUUAAGGCAGAAACUGUUGAAAAGCUGUAUGAUAUCUUGACCUCUGAUGCUGUUGACCUAGUUUUACGGAAGUCUGCGGCUGAGCAGCUAGCUAUCAUUUUAGAAGAUGCCAAAAUGCAUGUCAUUGUGAAAAAGCUGGGUGUGAUAGAAAAGCUUUUGGCUUACCUUAAUGAGUGUGUACAUGUGGAUGGCAAGCUUAUGGAAUCCAUAGUGUUACCAUGUCUAACACUCUUACGCAAACUUGUGUAUGCUGAUCCAGUUGUUCGUCUGUCCCUAGCACAGCAAUCAUCUUUACUGCUUUUGCUAUUCAGAGUUUCCCUGAUAUUCCAAAACGAUCGUGCUGUUUUAACUGAAACUACAGUAUUGCUUUGUCUUCUGUUGUUUGAUGAAGUAGCAAGAACAGAAACGUGGGCUGAUGAUGUAACCAGUAAUGAUACUGACCUACCUGCAUUCAGUUUACCUGUUGCUGUUGUUAGAAGGUAUCAUCUCCCAAUCAGGAUCACUGCUCAUCACGUAGUUAGUCCUAAUACUGUUGUGGUGCCAUUGUCUUCGGAGUGCUUGGCUAUGAAACCUGUGUCAGAUAUGCUUAAGAUGGCUUGGAAUCUGUCAUGGUACCAUGGAAUUGAGAACCUGUUGCAACUGAUAAACUAUGAGAAGGAAGCAGAAAUAUUCUUAAACUCACUAAAACUAUCCUCAGAAGACACUCUUAUACUGAAAAUAACUCGCACAAACUAUGGACUGCAGGAUUGUCUCAAUUCAAUCAUUCAGGCAGUAUCCCACAGGGAUGUUAGGGCUGCUCUCACUAGGCUUAGUUUUUACGUUCUGAAUGACAAACUUGCGUUAAAAUGCAGUUCUGGGUCUUGUGGAACCACCUUGAAGAGCUUUGUUUGGCAAAAAGCAAUAAACAGGUUUCUGCAAGUGCUUCCAGCUUCUGUGGAGGAUGAGAAGCUUUUAGUAGACGUCUUAAGAUUUUUAAACAAAUUGCUUAGAGAGCAGAGACCAAGUUUGGAGUCAGACAUUCUAAAGUGGAUCUUGAAAUCAUUGCUUAAAAAU